CAUCAUCUCUGUAUUGUUACACAUGCGAUAGUACGCAGUAUCACAAGAACUGCAAAGAGGUAAAGUGUUCAGAUAUGGACGCCUAUUGUGUGACAGCAUCGAAUGAAAUUCCUGGUCAGGAUCUCUUGGUCUCCAAGUGGUGUUCUCCGACGUGCCCGAAGGCCGGCGAAAUCAAGGGGGGCAAGAGAAAGAUGGACUGCUGCCAGACUGACUACUGCAACGGCGGUGGUGCCAUCAGCGCCAGAGGCAGCUAUGCCCUCCUGGGCGCGGCCCUGCUUGCCAGUUGCUUCUACGCCCUCCGGACCGGGCUGUGAUGAUGGAGGCGAGGCCAGAAGAUGGGGUGAGGACGCCUCCUGGAAGUUCAUCGGAGAGGCUGACCCCCCUCCCCAAGGGCCUUCUCUGCUGUUCGUUAUUAUGCAGAAUGCCACCCCCCCUGCAUUUACUGGGCACGGCGUAAGAUGCCGCUUUUGAAAACCUCCCUGUGUAAAAACUCCCCGCAUGAAGUAAACUAGCACUUCAGGGAGGAGAGGGUUCAUGUAGCCAGUCUAUGGAGUGUGUGUGGGGAGGGUGGAAAUAUUCAGAACUACUGAAACAGCAGUACCGAAACCAAAGUUGCAAUAUAGACUAGAAUUCUGCCACUGUAUCCCACAUAAUAUGCAGAUCGUCUCUUGAAUUUUCACCAGACUGUGUCCUCUCUCUCUCUCUCUCUGCCUGCCUGCCAGCCAAUCCUUUUCUUAGAGCCAGUUUGGUGUA